AUGAGUGAAGAGACCGUCCCAGAGGCUGCCUCCCCCCCGCCCCCGCAGGGGCAGCAGUACUUCGACCGCUUUUCUGAGGACGACCCCGAAUACUUGCGCCUUCGCGGUCGCGCAGCGGACCUGCGACAGGACUUCAACCUGAUGGAGCAGAAGAAGCGCGUCACCAUGAUCCUACAGAGCCCGGUGAGCGAGUCUUUCAGGGAGGAGCUGGAAGGCCUCAUCCAGGAGCAGAUGAAGAAGGGGAACAAUUCCUCCAACAUCUGGGCUCUGCGGCAGAUCGCGGACUUCAUGGCCAGCACCUCCCACGCAGUCUUCCCAACAUCUUCCAUGAACUUCUCCAUGAUGACACCCAUCAAUGACCUCCACACAGCUGACACCUUGAACCUGGCCAAGGGAGAGCGGCUCAUGCGGUGCAAGAUCAGCAGCGUGUACCGUCUCUUAGACCUUUAUGGCUGGGCCCAGCUGAGCGACACCUACGUUACGCUGAGAGUCAGCAAGGAACAGGAUCACUUCCUGAUUAGCCCUAAGGGAGUUUCUUGUAGUGAAGUCACCGCAUCCAGCCUGAUCAAGGUGAAUAUCCUGGGAGAGGUGGUGGAGAAGGGCAGCAGCUGCUUCCCAGUGGAUACCACGGGCUUCUGUCUUCAUUCGGCCAUCUACGCAGCCAGACCCGACGUGCGUUGCAUCAUCCACCUGCACACGCCAGCCACCGCAGCCGUGUCGGCCAUGAAGUGCGGCCUCCUGCCUGUCUCCCACAAUGCCCUGCUGGUGGGGGACAUGGCCUACUAUGACUUCAAUGGUGGGAUGGAGCAGGAAGCGGAUCGAAUCAGCCUGCAGAAGUGCCUUGGACCCACCUGCAAGAUCCUGGUGCUAAGAAACCAUGGAGUGGUUGCUCUAGGUGACACCGUGGAGGAGGCGUUUUAUAAGGUCUUCCACCUGCAGGCUGCAUGUGAGAUACAGGUGUCCGCCCUGUCCAGCGCUGGGGGAGUGGAGAACCUCAUCCUCCUGGAGCAGGAGAAGCACCGACCCCACGAAGUGGGCUCUGUGCAGUGGGCAGGGAGCACCUUCGGACCCAUGCAGAAGAGCCGGCUGGGGGAGCACGAGUUUGAGGCCCUCAUGAGGAUGCUGGACAACCUGGGUUACAGAACAGGCUACACAUACCGCUAUCCCUUUGUUCAAGAGAAAACCAAACACAAAAGUGAGGUGGAGAUUCCAGCCACCGUCACAGCCUUCGUGUUUGAGGAGGACGGGGUCCCAAUGCCUGCCUUGCGGCAGCAUGCCCAAAAACAGCAGAAGGAGAAGACCCGUUGGCUCAACACGCCCAAUACCUACCUACGGGUCAACGUGGCUGACGAGGUCCAAAGGAGCAUGGGCAGCCCCCGGCCCAAGACCACAUGGAUGAAGGCUGAUGAAGUGGAGAAAUCCAGCAGUGGCAUGCCAAUACGGAUCGAAAACCCAAACCAAUUUGUGCCUCUCUAUACCGACCCCCAAGAAGUGCUGGACAUGCGGAACAAGAUUCGAGAACAAAACCGACAAGAUGUGAAGUCGGCGGGGCCUCAAUCCCAGCUCCUGGCGAGCGUCAUCGCUGAGAAGAGUCGAAGCCCGUCUACAGAGAGCCAGCUGAUGUCCAAGGGCGAUGCGGAUAACAAAGACGACUCAGAGGAGACUGUGCCCAACCCCUUCAGCCAACUCACUGACCAGGAGCUGGAGGAGUACAAGAAGGAGGUGGAGAGGAAGAAACUAGAACUUGACGGAGAGAAAGAAACCACUGCAGAGGAGCCUGGCUCCCCUGUAAGGUCUGCACCUGCUUCUCCAGCACAGAGUCCAGCAAAGUCAGAGACGAAGAGCCCCCUGGUCUCUCCCUCCAAGUCUUUAGACGAAGGUGCUAAGACAGAAACAAGCAAAGCCACCACAGAGCCUGAAACAACGCAGCCAGAAGGGGUGGUGGUCAACGGGAAGGAGGAAGAACAGACCGCAGAGGAAAUUCUCAGCAAGGGCUUGAGCCAGAUGACCACCAAUGCUGACACAGAUGUUGAUACCUCUAAGGACAAAACUGAGUCGGUCACCAGCGGCCCCAUGUCCCCAGAGGGCUCACCUUCCAAGUCUCCCUCCAAAAAGAAGAAGAAAUUCCGAACCCCGUCCUUCCUGAAAAAGAGCAAAAAGAAGGAGAAAGUGGAGUCCUGAUUGGUAGCAUUCUCAUCUGCACCCUCUCUCUCCACCCCUUCCCUUCUCCCAACUCUGUCCCUAGAAGCACAGGGCCAACAAAGGAUAGAAUAGGACCCUGGAUCACACUCUGAGGGGGAACUUAGAGAUCACCCAACCAACCCCUCAUUUUACAAUUGCCCCAGAGAAAUCAGGUGACUUUCCCAAGGUCACACAGCUAGUUAGUGGCAGAGCCAGCACUAGAAUUCGGGUCUCCUGGCCCCUAGUCCAGUGCUUUUUCCACUAUAUAACACUGCCUAGUUGUGGGCCGCCUUUGUGAGGUUGCUGCCCACCAAUCUGAGCCCAGGGCAGAAGGCCAGAGUGGGCUGCAAGCUCGCACAGCCUCAGACCAAAUCAGACAGGUCGAGGCUUCCCCCGAGAAAGGUCCUUUUCCUUGCGGGAAUCCAAUCUCCUGCUGAUGGAGCUGUCACAGUUUAGAAAUCUCUCUUUCCCACAGGGUCCUUGCUCUGCUGCUCACAGUAACCAGACAAAUUGACCUGUUCCCUCCACCAGAAGUUAAUCUUUGUUCCCAAGGGCUGAUGGCUUAGCUCAUGCUUCCCCAACCACUAACCCUGAGCUUUCUUCAUGGAACCUCCUGAAUGACGGAUGGAUGAAGAAUUGUAAGAGCGGGCAGACAUGAGGGCAAGCCAAGUCAGCCACAGGAUUCGAGUAGUUUAAUCAAUAUAAGAAGCCAGGAACUCGGCCCAUUUGAAUCGUGCAUCUCAGGCGCUUCAAAACUAAAACCAAAUUUAGCUUAGAGAAAAGUUGUCUCAUGCUCAGGGCAGAAAUUUGGGGAAAUUUAGAUCCUCCUUUGGCUUUGGGUUGUACAAGGAGGAUCAAAACAACACAGGAAAUGCUAUGCCUUUCUAGCUUUGCAUGACACAUGGAGCAAUGUGGCUCUACCUGUUUCACUCCUACCUGGCAGUCAGGUGUCCCCUGACUUCCCCACAAACCUGGAACCUGGCUCACACACUGGAACUGGCAUGUUACCCUUGGCUCCUUUGGGUUCCAACUCAGUCACUCUGGGUCCAGCAGAGGAGAGUGAGAUGAGCCCUUCAAGAUUAAGUCUCUUGAAUCAUCUAGGAGAGAAAUCAGCUUGAGUGUCCUCACCCUGUCACUAUCUGUCCAUCCUGGGGCCUAGUAAGAGCUAUGGCUUUCGUUGUAAGUGCCAGCACUACCUUUUCAUAUCCUUCCAUGGGACAUCGAGUAAUAAGCGUUGUUGGCUCCUAAAAAAUAGACAAUCCAUUCUCUUUAUAGCACAGUGUCUUCAAAGAGUAUUUUUCCUUUUUGUCCUGAUGAUUGUGAAAGUACUUUUGAAAGUUCUUAAUCAUCGUUUUCCACUUUUGGGCACUUACUUUCUAUGUAUAGACACUGUGCAGCCUUUACAUUCAUUGCACCCUUUGACCGUCACAAUAAUCCUGUGAUGUGGGUGAGGUAUUCCCAUUUUAUGAUUAAGGAAACUGAGCCCCAAAAGGACAAUUGACUUGCUCAGGUGAUGUGGCUAGAAAGAUCAGAGCCUGGAUUUGAGCCCAGCUCAGUCUGAGUCCAGAGCCUUGUUCUUAACAGUUGAUGAUGAUUAGAAAACUUGAAUCCCCAAGGAUGGUUGUUUUAGUCCAGGACCCAUUUCUGUGACUGGUCUCCACUGUGUAAUGUCAGCAGUUGACAUGAAAGCAGAAAACUACCCGUGUUCUCCCUCAUCAAUACACGUUAAAUUCCCAAUAAACGUGGAUUGUGGUGAGGCCAAUGUGGACCUCCAACAAAGGAGAGGCAGGAGCCAUCUGGUUGGGCCGGAGUAUAGUUGGGCUAUUUCUUAAGAAGGAAGGAAACUGACACCUGACUAAGGAGAACCCAGUGCUGCAUCUCUCUAGUCAGAUUCCUAACUGCUCCCCCACCCUCUACUUCGUUCUACUUUCUGAUUGGAUCUUGUGAUGGGCAAGCCAAUGGUCAAGGGCAUGUAUGCCUCAGAAAAAGUCUGUGAUGUGGGAAAUGCCUUCAAAAGCCAAUCCUCUGAUGCCUUCUUUAAAAAAUUAGAUUUCACAUUCAUUCAUUUAUCCCUCACCAUCUUUGUUGAGCACCCACUAAGCAUCAGGCAUUAUGCUGUCAUUAAAAGGAAAUAAUCAUUGUAGCUAGAAUAAUCAGCAGGAAACAAUGUUAGGAGUGGAGACGACAUAACUGUUGACACAGCUUUUUGUGUUCAAGUGGUUGUAGCUCAGAGAUGAUGUUGAUUUGACUCUGCAUUCAACAAAUUCUCUUUAUUCCCUUUACAACAAUGAGGCCUCAUAGGUGAAAAUGCCAGAGCCUUGCUGGAGCAUCAUCCUUGGAAUUUAUGCCAUGGGUCCACCUUACAUUUAUCCAUUUUCUCAUUCCUCAUACAUUCAAACAAAACAGCAGACCUGAAAGCAAAACAUAGUCCCUGCCCACAGGAAGUUUUUAAGUGUAGGAGGCAUGUAGACAAGUUACCAAAAGGGCAAGAGGGCCGAGAUGGCAUAAGGAAGUAAUGAUUUACUAUCUUCUGGACCAGAGAAACUUUCCUGAAAGAUGUGAUGAUUAAGUUAGGUUUUCAGACAAAGAGGAAUUCUCCAGGAAGACAAAAGGGUUGUUGGAAUAUUCCUGAUGAGGGAAAAGCAUGUGCAAAGGCAUGGAAGUGCAAGGCACUCCAUGACAGGUCCACUGAGUGAUAUAGUAAUGCCAGAGCAUAAAGUGUGAGGGCGUGGGAGGCUUUGUUUUAUAGGUGGGAAGGGCUGGAUCAGAGAGAAACCUGUAGAAAAUGUGCAACUAGAUUUUAUCAUGUAGGGUGUUUGGAGUUGCUGAUGGCUUACAGUCAGGAUGUCAUAAUCAAGCUUGAAUUUUACAAAAAUCUCUUUGGCGGCUGGGUGGAGAAUGGGCUGGAGAGGAGGAGAGCAGUGAAGGCACAGGAGAUCUUAAAAUGAGGCCUUUCUGAAACGUCAGCACUGAAACGUGCUUGGUGGCCUGCCUUACCUACAUUUUCCUUUGUAGCAUAUAGCAUGCUUCUGGCACAGAAUUUUACUUCCCUAAAAUUCUUUGGAUAAAGCAUCUUAGAGAUUUUCAACAAGGAGAGGGAAAUAUUCAAAGAGCUAAUCCUUGGUGCAGUCUGCAGGUCUAUUUUGCCUUAGUGCAGAAUUGCUACAAGAGCUUUUGAGUCAUUCUGCCAAUUUCUUCCUCCCUUGUAUGCGCAGGAGGUGGGGCCCUUAGCUCCAGGCUUAAGGUGGUGCCCUGGGUGCUAUUGCAGGGGACAUGCAAUCCAAAAAAACCCAGAGGUUUUUAGAGGAGAGGCCCUUUUCUUUGGAUUUGGAUAAAAGUUGGCUGAAAACUUUUACCAGUAUCCUUCUGGAGAAAAUGCAUCUAUGGGGAGCUCAGAAUGGGUAGGCAGUAGGUUCAUUUCUAGUAAAGCCACUGGGCAUGAAUCUGCCACAGAAAGGGAUGAGAAAACAUGAGCCAGUCUGCAGUGUUAUGGAUGGCUGAGCUGGGCAGCGGGGAGGUUUUGAGGCCGUUUCCAUGGGAAGACAGACUGGAGUGAGGUCGGGAGGCAGGAGACAGUUACAGAGAGACAAAUUGGCUCCAGUGACUCUCUGUGUGCUGAUGGCUGGCACCCAGCAGUGAUGUGGGAGAACUGUCCACACAGUGUGGCCUUUCUCAAACUUUGCAAAAAGCUCUGCUAAGAGGCAAGCCUCCAGCCCAGAUCUGUGCUCCAUAAGGGCCUCCUGGCCUGUAGUGACCCAACUAUCUGACUUUGUCCAGGUUACACACAGAUUAAAAAUAGCCUCCCUCAACAGUGCUGUAAUGAAAAUAGGGUUCUUCCUCUGCAGACAGAGAAGUUCUUCUUAAGGGACUUGCGGGGAUUUGGAUGAGCACCCUGGUCUAGUAAGAGCCCCACUGAAAACAUUGCUCUCAUACUAUGGAUUUAUGUAUACUGAGCCUUGAAUCCUGCUCCCAGUGUCUAAUGCACUGUCACUCCUGAAUGUGGCAAGGCAGUCAUUCAGAAGUCAUUCAGCACCAUUAUAACAGGGCUAUCACUCUCGUCAACAUGUGGAGAAGCACUAUAAGGCCACUUCUCUGGUUACCAUGGAUUCGAAAGAACCAUUCACCCAACACCACAGUUUACUUCUGAAAGCUGAAAAGAUCAAAAAGAAAUUUGGAAUUUUCCAUGGAGGUAUCCAUGGGGGUGGAUAUACACAUAGUCUCCCAUUGGCCUGUAGGCCAUCUUUUGCACAAGUGUAUUUUAUAUGUUCUAGUUCCAGGCCAAGAGUAUUCAGUUUUUGUUGAACAAAUGAGAAAACAUACAGUCCUUACUCGUUUUCCUUACACAGGUCAGCAUAAGCCCUUGAAUUGGUUGGUACAGUUGCUGUUGACCCUCUGAGCUUAGAGGAAAAACAGGUCUUGUAUUUUCUCUCACCACUUGAGUCUAAGCAAACUCUCAAAGACAAUAACAUUCAAAGAGUCUCAGAAGAAAUUAGGGAGGAGGUAAACCCACUCUCACAGAAAACACAGGGCACCCCCACAACUGUUCCCCAUCUGUUCCAAAAGGGAUGAUUCAAUGUGAAAAGUCAGAGGCCUGAACUAACCGAUGAAAUAUGCUCAUUGGUUAUUUCUCUGUUGCAAUCCUACUUGUGCCACAAUAUGAAAGAGCAGACACAGUAGAGUGAUUAUUGCCAAAUGCCCUGUCUAGCCAACCUAUCCACUUGGAUGUGGCAUACUUUUUGCCAGAAAUAAAAGAGCAUAGGUAGAGCCCUGUCACCAGGGCACAUCCAACCCUCUUGAGCCUCUCAGUGAGAAGCCACCCUCACCCAGGAAUCAACGUGGGCAUUUCAGGUGGGGUGUCCCUCUUUAGUGGAGAAAUUUCCUUUCAUCAUUUUAUAUAGAUAGGUUACUCUCUUUAGGAACAAUUAGAAUCUCCAGUUGAGGGUUUUCUUAAAAAUAUGGAAGUGAUGGUUCAUAUUGGUUCGUACUUGGGUUUUGCCAAAUCGAUGUUUGGUGCCAUUUGCCUUCAAGAUGUCCCCAAAAGUUGGGUCAUUACUAUGAGAAAUUAGACCUGAAGAUGGAGAACUGGUCACAGUCACUGACACAGGGGACACAGGUAUGGCUGGAGGCCGAGCCUCAGUAGCUUUCCCCGUGGGGCAGCUCCUCUUCUCACCCACUGGUUCCCAAGGGGCAGGAAGAGGCCGUCUGCAAUAUGGCAAGUCCCUACCUCUAAGUAGCUUAGAGAAAACAUUGUGAGGGUUUGGGGUGGUGGGAGAACUAUAGAAAACCCCCCAAACUGUUCUCAUCUCCAGCAGAUCAUCUCGUAUAACUUUAGAUCUUCUCUUUUUAAGUGAAUCAAAGGAGGACAACGGUUGGACCAAGGAUGGAGGGGUCGCAUUUAAAUACAUCAAAGCUCUUAUAAAACGGGACUGUAUUUUGGGGACCUCUGCCCCCACAUUUCAACCCCACCUCAUGCCUGCCAGGCCUGCUUUGAUCUCCGUGGUCCAGCCCACCUUUAAAUUCCUGCCAUCUAUGCUACAGCCGAGUCCAGCACUGUGUUCAUCCCUCUCCCAGGAAGACUCAAGUGGGGAGGGGGUCCAGGGCCUGGGCUCACCUGGCUGAGCGUGCGGGGGUCUAGGUAGAGAGUGCCGUGUUCUCUAAAGCCGUGGAUGGUUUCAGUGAAAUGUCUGUGUCUGACAAUCGUCUUCCCUUGUACAUGCAUUGUCUGUGUUUAGCUUUUCCUAGUAUUGUGAAGUCUCAAAUAGGGGUUCCAUGUAAAUACUCUUUCUGCUACUGAAAAUGCCAGUCCCCUGGAUCAUGCAUCAUUCCCACAAACGGUUUUGCCUUUACGCUAACACUUUUUGAGCCACUGAUGUGCAGAUUGAUGAUUAGUUUCUUGGGCUUUUAUUUUGCAAUUUUAUAUAUAUAUAAUACACACAUAUAUAAUAUAUAUAUAUAUAUUUAUGGGUUGGUUUUGUAUAGUUUUCUGUUUGAAUCUCUGAGCACCAAAGCUGCCCUUGGAUUUUCAAGAGAACUUUCCAAAGCCACUUCCUGAGGCCCCCCACUCCCCCCUCUGCUUUGGUGUUUGUGGUGCUGGGUGGCAUCUCUGCCCAUGAAUUUCUGUAUGUAUGUGCUGUUAUCUCACCUGCAGAUAUUACCCUAGUAAAUCUACCGUGCUUGGC